AUGGCGUCCUCCGAGGUCGACCAGAAGUUCCUCGGACGCCUCGCCAAAUCAGUUGAGCCCAACAAUGCGCUGCUCGCGUCGAUGCUAUUCAAGAUCCUGGGGCUUUCCAUCAAUGUAGCUGGCCAAUUGGUGAAGGCGCGCAAGCAGCGCCGCCUCGACACCACGCGCGUGACUCAGUCCCUCGAGCUCUACUUUCAUAUCCUGUGGCUCUCGCGCGAGGGCCUCGUUAUGCUCGAGCAGUACGUUUUACCAAUGGUGGGCGACUACGUCGAGUUGAAGGUGCUCGCGUACAAGCUGCGCGCAUCCUUCUACCACAUCUUCGUCUUGUUUCACAAUAAUCCUCCCGUCUCCCCGAUGGGAAUCGCGACGACGCCGGAGGCUCUCGCUGCGGAGAUGACGCCGGAACCGCUACGUGUCGAUAAGGGGAAAGGCGUGGAUAGGGGCGAGCCGACGACAUAUAUGCCGCCCGAGUAUCUGCGGUCGUCGAUACAACCCACGCACCCGUACGAGCAAGGCGCGCCAGCACCGCCCCCAGGAUUCGAGGGACAAGUGCAAGUGCCGCACAUAACCCCGGAAAACGCGGCUAAUUUCCUGCUACCGUCCGUCGACUACUUACCCACCGCGCACCAGUACUUCAGGGAAGCUAUCUCGCUAGCGGAUAGUUUGCUCUGGGGAUCGCACUCGCUACGACUGUCGCUGAAAACGGAGUACGCGGCGUUCUUGUACGAUUGUGUGCACGACCGGGAGGGAAGCCGGCGGCUGGCGAAGCAGACGAUCGCGGAGGUGUACGAGGCAACCGAGGGCCUAGACGACGACAUGUAUGACGACGCGUGCGAGCUGGUGACUGUGCUCGGCAAGAUGAUGAAGCGCGGUCUAGGGGCGGGAAGCUCGCGGAGUGGCGGGAAGCCGAGCCCCAGCGUAACGCAAGCUACCGCCGUGUCCCAGAGCGGCGAUAGCAGUGCUACGGUGGUGCCGUCCGUGCCGCCCGUCGGCAUGGAGAACCCGAUAUAA